GAAUCAACUAUUAGAAUUGGGCCAGAAUUAGCAAAACUUGCUAUUCAUAUUCAUAGUGUAUAUGUAAACUCUACUUCAGUUGAGCAUAGUCAACAAAUAAGGUGGUUUCACAUUCCAACUCCAAUUGCAUCUAAUGAUUUUGAUAACUGUAUAGAAGAUAAUAACUUAGAAAUUAUUGAUAAUGAUGAUUUACAGGUAAGCGAUGAUAAUUAUAAUGAAAGUGCUAAUAUUGCAGAGAAUGAAAAUAAUAAGUUUGAGGAACUAAGCAAUGAAGAAAAUGAAAGCCAAUAG